CAAACAAACAAAAGGCAAUAAUGGAGUACGAAGGAUCUCCGGCUGCAGCUGACGUAGAAAAGCCACCGCUUGCCAGUAGCGGUGCGUUGGAGGCCCCUGAGGAGCCGUCAGCAGCCGUCCACGCGGCCAGAGCAGAGGAAGAAGGAGAUGAUGAGCCUCCUCCGCCUGUCCGUGAGCCCUCACGCCCUUUCUCCCCUGCGUCGCCCAGCACGGCGUUCGCAACAAGGGAUAAGGACACGCUGAAGCCGAGGGUUCGUGGGAAGGGCCCGGAGAGACGGUCAUGAAUGUCACUUGCUGUCAAUGCUGUGUGUUGUUCUGCUGCAGCAUUUGAGGCCACCCAAGAAGCUGAGCAGCUCGAUUGCACGGUUGCUGCAUCCCUCUGCGGGAGAGCCGCGUCCCCUGUCUGUCAUGCCGAGAAAUGCUGCAGAGAGGUGAGUGACAGAAAUGCACAACCAUUCAUGGCCGGUUUGCUGGUAACCUGUCGACUUGGAUGUGUUCUGCAGCCUGGCGCCGCCGCAAGCAGUUGACAUGAUGGUCGUCAAGGCCUUUGUUCAUCGGCUGGAUGGGUAAAGUGAGCGGGCAAUGAGUUUGGUUGUCACACACGAAGAAGGCUUACGUGUCUGUUUCCUUGCUUGGGGCAGAGAUCUGGACGGGCGGGUGGAGGAGCAUGGAAUAAAUGCGCUUUGUCGGAAGGCACACCUAACUUACACACCGUACGACGGACGGAAGGCGACACGGACAUGGCGGACAGACAAGCGAAGUGUGUUUGUACUGCUGUCUCAGGCAGUUGGUCGCCGACAUGUUCCAAGACAUUCGAACAAGGAGAAACGAAUGCCAACAGUGCGUAACUACUGAAACACCAAAGCACAAGCGUCCCAUAUGCCUUGCCGGCCCUUGUCUCUCCUAUAGACACAUUCCGAGCAUCACGGCAGAUGAAAUCGGCGGCGCAAUGCGGGGGCGCAAGAAAUGGAGCUUCGCCUUCCACCUCCAGAUGUCUCUCGCCCCACCCCAUCCCCAGCUGUCCUUCGAGCAAGCACCGACAGUGCAACGACUGCUCACCCUCGCAGACAUUCACGAUCUUGUCAAGGCAAUCAGGGCGCAUAUGAGCGUCCCCGAGCCCCCUUGUAUCGACCAGCACAGAGACUCUGCGUCUGAAAAAGAGCUGCGGUUGACCAUGGCAGCGAUGCAGAAGUGGUUCGGUGGGUUGAGCUCUGACCGGCGUCUUCUGGACGUGCCCGCGGUUCAGGAGAUCCUGGGGAGACAGGUGCUGCGGCAGAUUGGCAGGGGGGGGAUGGUGGAGACAAGGCAGAUGCUGGAAAAGGCUCUCAUGCCGACCGAGGGUGCGAAGGACUCACCAGCGAGUGCAUGGAGUGUGUCGAUAGCUCUCGAAGGACCGAAGCGGGUCUAUGCCUAUCCACUGCCCAAGUACUGCCAGCAGUGGGUCAAGGUCAGACAAGGAAAGGCACGUGGACAAAGGGAAUGGCAAUGCAGUGUCGACUGCCCUUGCCUUUUGCAGAUCUUUGGGGCGCUUCAGAUGAAUCCAUUGCAGAGGCUUGUGGUGCACGAGACACCGGAGCAGAUCACCGCACAGAGCGAUCGGAUGCAGCCGUUCGUCAUGUCUGCGAGGUGAGACACUCUCACGAACGACCACACACGACCGUCCGCACACAAACAUCCUUUUCCCCCUUCACAGGAACAUAGCCGUGGUUCCAAAAGGCUCUCCCGGCGCCACCAAGACACGCGCCCCCCGUAAGAGCCCCUUCACGCUCUCUGCCCCAUCGGCGCGGCCACACGACUUUUACCCGAUCCAUCAAGACUUCAUUCGCACAGAAGAGCUGCCAACAGAGGCCGCAAGAAAAAGGACGAGGUUCGAGGGUGAUGAGAACGAAUCGCUUGUCAACAGCACGCUGCGGGGGAAUGAGCGGGAGGGAGAGCGAGAGGCAGCGGCACAAUUGAGGUGCACUUUCUCUCCGAGGGAGACAUUUCAGAGCGGGUGCUUGCGGAAACAGGAGCGGCAAUCAGGUCAGACAGGGGAGGGACCAGUCGUUGCUUGGAUGAAUGCCGUGUGAUGGUGUGUGUGUGUGUGUGUGUAUCUUGUGUGGUCAGAUGAGAGCAAGCACCUAGCGAUGCAGCUUGAUGCGGUGGAGACGUUGCGGCGAGAGCUGAUGUGUGAGGGGGCGACAGGCAGGAUGAACACCAGAGGCCCGUCCAAAGUCAACUCGUGCUCUACCGUCGGUCGCAAUGACCCUACAGAUCUUUCCUGUGUGGUUGAUUUACUCUGGUUUGUUCAUUGUCAGCAUGAGGACUACCCGUGCCUCAGCAGCGACACGCCAUACGGCGGCAUCGAGCAGCCGUUGCGACCCUCACAGAAGCUCACAUUCACGAACACACAGUCACGCCAAGAGGUAAAUGAGACAGUGAGGCACAGACGUCACAGUGUCCUGUCUGUGUCGCCAGCUGAUUCGGGGACUGUGCCGUGCUGCAUUGGAUCUGCACAAGCCGCCACGGACAAUAUUCGAUCCGCCAGAGACCACUGCCACGCAGUCGCGCACAGCAGAGAGGUAUGUGGCACUGAGACGUCAUGCGGCUUGAGCCACUCGUCGGUGGAUGGUGCGACAUGGUGCGAAUGCAGAGACUCGGAGAAGUUUGGUCGCUCGUCGUUCGACACCAAGGCAAGUCAUCCACGCCGCCGCUUCUUUUAACCCUGACGCUUGAUGUCUCCGCUGCGGCGCUGCUUGCCUUCCUCUGCUGUCGUCAGGUGGUGCCAGUGUCUUCCAGGGAGCGUCACUUCCUGCAGCAGCUGGACAAGCGGCCCAUCUACUUCUAUGACGACCUAGCCACCAAACAAUGCGACGCUGAGAGACUUCACGUAUAUACGAACGUCAAACGAGUCACACUUCUUACUGUGGAUGGAUGCCACACAUCGAUAUCUAUCGAUGUCCCUUCUUUCUUUCACUUUGCCAACAGGCUCCCCAUGGCAAGGCCGCGUUCAAACAAAGCCUGCCGAGAGCAGAGAAACCUGACAAAUAUCACGUAGUGACACACCUGAAGCAAAGGACCCAUUUGCAUGUGUGACCUUUGUGUGAUCGAUGCGGUUGGUGACCGACUGAUCACAGAGUUUUGCUUCCACCGAGCUGUUCCGCGACCACAUGUCUCUCGGAGGGCCGCCGGCCUACCCUUUCAGGCAAGCGGAGGACGGCCAUGCCUCUGUGUCUGAGAAGGAGUUUCAGGUCUACUCACGGCCACUGGGUGGGCCAAACAAGACAGACGUGGUGUGUGGGGAUUGUCAGAUUUGUGUCUGUUUGUGUCUGUUAGGCCCCCACGUGCUUGACCGCCGUCUGCCGCUGGCGCCUCUACUUUGCUGACAUGCAUGGGGAGGGGAGGGGGUUGGUGUCGCUGCACUGUCUCUUGUCACGUCACGCACACGUACUCACUGCGAUAAAUAGUCACUCUCGUCCUCAUCGGGAUGUUGCUGUUGACGCCUCACAGCCGAGCCCAGCUGGCUGGACAACAGCUCUGGUGGCGCACGUGACAGGCGAUAUGCCAUCAAGACAUCAACA